UUUUUAUCUGGUGCCUAUUUGAGGCAAGCAGAUCCAGUUUGGUAUUUCCACUGUGUUGUACUUUUGCUGUUCUUAAAAAAGAACUACCGGUGAUGGCAGGUCGCACAAUCUCAGAAACGACGGAGGAGAUUGAGGAGGACGAGGAGCAGCAAACACGGAAUAACUUCUCCAAGGAUGAUCUAGAACUGGCUUCUGUAAGCGUCGACCCGACAUUAUUUGAGGAGUCAUGCUUGGAACUUGGAGCUUUCAGGUGACACUGAUAGUGACAUAUACAACGGUGGCACUAAUAGUGACAAAUACAACGGUGGUACUGAUAGUGACAUAUUCAACGGCGGUAUUGAUAAUCACAAAUAUAUCGGUGGUAUUGAUAAUCACAAAUAUAUCGGUGGUAUUGAUAAUCACAAAUAUGUCGGUGUUUUGUAUUCUCUCUUGUGCGAUACAAGAGAUCGACUGGCAUUGACGUACUCACGAAAACAGAUUGCAUAUUUCAAAUAUUUUUCCGAUAUUCUAUUCUAUUUUGGUCGCCAGACUCUACGCUCUCCAAGCCAUUCACCUGGCAAUCGUGCUGGAGGACCUUUGUGAUCAGCUGGACGUACUGGGGAGAUCGUUGCCUACCACUCAGAUAGAACUACGCUCCCAGAAGUCUGUUAUCUAUGACGACACGAACCACAGGGCCACCUGGAAACCGGAUGCCAUGGAUGCUAUGGUACGAACGGAGCCACCUACAUCUGGUCACAUGUUAGCCAUUGUCUGCUUCACUAUUCUCUUUUCUCUCUUUCUAUUUGUUCUUUCUAUCCCCCUCUUUCACCUUCUUUUCUCUCUUCAAGUUUCGCUUUCUGUUUCUCUCCUCUUUCAAACCAAUUCUUGGUCUAUAAUUUACACAUUUAUCCUUCUAUUCUCUACUCCCGUAUCAUCCUAACCUUCCAUUAUGUCCUUCUGUUUCGCACUUCAUUGCAUUUUAUUUAUUUCACAUGAACUUAUUUCAUGUAUUUUGAGUUAUCGCUGUAUUACUCUAAAUUUCCCUAUACCCUCUACCUCUCCAUCUUUUCUAUCUUCAUUCCACACAUAUUCAUUUACAUAGACGGCACCCAGAAAACACCUACUCUUUCGUUCUGUACUGAUACGUCAACAGUGGUGGCACACAGAAAACACCUACUCUUUUGUUCUGUUCUGAAACGUCAGCAGUAGUGGCACACACAAAACACCUACUCUUUCGUUCUGUAUUGAUGCGUCAGCAGUAGUGGCACACAGAAAACACCCCAUUUUCUUAUAUGCAUGUCGUUUAAAGUGAUGACAUACAGAAAAUAUACCACUUUCAGAUUUGGCCAUCGUAUGUUAUUUUUAAUUUUAAAUCUUAAUCUAAGUGCUCAAUCAUAAGUCUACACAAUCAUGCUAAGGGAUGGCUGGCAUUGACUCCUACAUGCCAUGAAAUAGGCUGGCAUUGACUCCUACAUGCCAUGAAAUAGGCUGGCAUUGACUCCUACAUGCCAUGAAAUAGGCUGGCAUUGACUCCUACAUGCCAUGAAAUAGGCUGGCAUUGACUCCUACAUGCCAUGAAAUAGGCUGGCAUUGACUCCUACAUGCCAUGAAAUAGGCUGGCAUUGACUCCGAGAUGCUAUGAUAUGGCUGGCGUUGACUCUUACAUAUCGAAUAGUAUCGAGUAUCUAAGGCCCAAAAUAUUAUGUUCUCCUGAAUACACUUCACUUAGGUAAAAAGAUAGUAAACUGAGGAUUGAGUGUGUGUGGAAAGGGAUGUCUGUUUGAUUUGAAGGCUGGUGGGGGAAAAGGCAUAGAACAUAUCUUAUUACCUUGAAAACGCUAAAGCUUGUGUGCAGUAUCAAAGUAUGUCUGUUUCUUAAUUAUUAUUAUAUAUUGGGUGCAUCAAUUUGCUAUCCAUUUCCAAGAGUAAAAUUCUUUUGUUAAAAAUUGUUUCCGAUAUCCACUCAGAGCGAAAACAAAGGUUACUCCUUGGAGCAGCACUACGCGUCCAUCCUACCCAGGCGUAUCUAUGAAUCUCACUACCUCAUGCCGAGACCCAGGUGUGACAGAAAGCUGCUCUUACUGGUAAGCACUGGUGUUCUGAGAUAUAAAGUGGGACUGUAAAGGCUGUCACCCUUACAAGUACGGUCGUUGGUGUUGUAAGACUUCUACAUCACCUAUUAAACUGUCACACAUGCGAUCGUUGGUGUUGUCAUUGUCACAUUGUGUCAACACGUUUUUCAAGAUAGUAAUGCCAAAGUAUGGGCAGAGGCGUAGCUACGGUUAGAAGAGCUUCGGGGUGGGAUACGCGUUUUGACACCCCCCUCCACGAAAUGAACAUGGAAGUUGUAUGAAAAUGCUGUAAACCCCUCAGUGUAAAGAAAAAAGUGCCGCCCUACGUGGACUGCCACUACGCCCCCUUCCAUCUUACGCCACUGAGAAUUGGGAGAUAUAGAAUAGCUUAAACAUAUAGGGAGACGUAGAAUACAAGUCAAGCCACCGAACAGUGUGAGCUGGUGAGUACAUUUUUAUGUACACAGAACAGUGUGAGCUGGUGAGUAUAUUUUUAUGAACACAGAACAGUAUGAGCUGGUGAGUACAUAUUUUAUGUACACAUAACUGUAUGGUAUGGUGAGUAUGGUAUGGUGAGUACAUGUUUUAUGUACACAGAACUAUAUGAUAUGGUGAGUACAUGUUUUAUUUACACAUAACUAUAUGGUAUGGUGAGUACAUGUUUUAGGUACACAUAACUAUAUGGUAUGGUGAGUACAUGUUUUAUGUACAUAGAACUAUAUGGUAUGGUGAGUACAUUUUUAUGAACACAGAACAGUAUGAGCUAGUGAGUACAUGUUUUAUGUACUUAUAACUGUUUGAUGUGGUGAGUACAUGUUUUAUGUACUUAUAAAUGCAUGAUGUGGUGAAUACAUGUUUAAUCUCCACAGGCAAACAGCCAUCAGACUUAAAUCAGACACCAGAAAGACAUCAGAUAGACAUCCGACAGUCAUAAGACAAACGUUUGCAUAAUUUAGAUUUUCGAAGUUAGAGAAAAUUAAAAUUUCUCCUGGAGUCCCGGAAUUUCUCUCCUCUGUUUUCCUUGGGGGUCGUCCAUUAAUUAUGUCAACAAAAUAGGGGCUAAGGGGUUUGGAAAAAAUGACAAUUGUUGACAAGGGGGAGGGGGGUUUAGAUUAGUUGAAGUCAACAAUCAAGUUUUCUCUAUUAAAAUUUAAUCUUAAAAAUUGACUAGUUAUUACAUUAUUUUAACAAAUUUAAUGAGUGUAAAUUUAAAAAAAAAAAACGUUUAUAAUUUGUAGCAUUUUAAUAAUAUAAGAUUUAUUUAAUGCGUGUCUUUCUUUGCACUGCUGAUGGCUGGUCAGAAUGUUGGCACAUUUAAUUAAUGCAAGAGAACUCAAAAGUUGGCCUCUCUUCGACUUAGAUUCUGUCGCAAAUGACUAGGACGGUAUGUUUGCGGUCAUGUUGCAGGUAUGCAACAAGGACAAGGUUCAAGAGUCAUGUGCGGUCAAGAUAAAUGGUAUUUAUAGAGAAGGAAUUCGAUAUUUUGAGAAUUAGGGGAAAAUAAAGUGAGUAACAAUAAUACCAUCACUGCUUGAACGGAUUUGAAAAAUCUGUAACAUCUAUUUUGCAUCACAAGUCAUAAUUGAAAUAGCAAGUUCAACAGCACCAACAAUGCAUAAGAUAUUAACACCUGCUCCUGAACACACAAAAAAAGGAUUCGACUAGUGCAAGUAGCUGCCAAGAGACACAGAGAGCUUAUAGCAAUUAUUGCUAACACUGACAAUGGUUCUAUUUUAAGAGCUGAGUGGCUUGCUGAGGAGGGUGUUGACUUGUCUGCUAUAUAAGUUCCGCUAGAUGAAAAUGAUAAAUCAGCUACUAUGUCCAUUCUACGAUAGAUAGAGCAACACCUGGAUACUCACUGGGAAGAUGAUAUCAGCUAGAAACUAUGCUACAAUUGUGAACUAUACUGACAAUAAUCAUAUUUCUAUUUCAACAAACAAUGAUAUUUAGUCUUUAACAACCGAUUAUGCAUUAUGACAUUCAAGUGUAAAAACGUUUAAACUUGUUGAUUAACAAGGUAAAGGUGCAACAAAAGGUUUUUCCUACAAUUUUGUAUUAUUAAAAUACAGCAUCAUAAAGUAAAAUUUAUUUAUAUCUUUAUUGAUAUUAUAAUUUUGUGGGGGUAGGUUUACCCAAUGUUGACAUAAUUACUUGGGGGGGGGGGCCUCACUGAAAGUUUAACAGUUGUUGGCAAAAGGGGGGAGGGUUCAAAAUUGCUUAGCAAUUGUUUACGUAAUUAAUGGACGGCCACAUCAGCACUGGGAGAGCCCCAUCAUUGGACUGUAAUUACGUAAAAUAAAAAGACAAACAGGUAUGUAGAUAAACAUGACUGAGAUUUUUUCAACGCUUUAACACAGCUGAAAGAGAGUGGGCUCAAGCAAGACACUGUUUCCGGCAAGAUUCAGGCAGACAGGGCAUUUUUGCAAUGGGCAAUCCAAGCAGUGAUUGAUGACCUCAUCAGGGUAAGCAUCAUCCAACUGAGAACCAAUGACCAAUCUGUCGUGCCCUGUCUAUUGCGCCCUGUAUUUGGUUCAAUGUCAAUCGUGCCUUGUCUGCAUCGCCCUGUUUAUCGUGACAAAAGGAACAUGUUUACUGUAGAUACAAUCGCAGAAGGAAUUCAGACAAUGUUAAGGUCAAUCAUAUACAUCGUUCUAUACGAGGCCUGCUCUAAAUCGAUUGAAAGUCAUUUUGCAAAUAUCCUGGCCUGGCCGUCACAUUUUUUUUUAUCUAUAUAUAUAAUUUGCCAGAAACUAGGCCAAACAACAAGACAACCACCACGCAGGCUAUAUAUAGAUACUCGCGGCGUCUGCUAAGCCGCGGGUCGGCUAUAUUUAUAGAGCUCAUGGACGUGAAAUAAAAAGGGUGCCGUGACGUAUCAUGAAAAAUCGGGGGAGGGGGGGGGAAGGGGUGUAGCAAUAUAGGCAUUCUUAAAUGUGCGUAACUUGAGCUCACGUUUUUGUCAGGUAACUUUAGUAGAUGGGAAGUUCACGCAUUGCUGUCGCCAAUGUUAGGCGGGAUAUGUCUAGCAUUUAUACAUUUAAUAGUUUCUUUGUUGGUCCGACACAUGCUUCUUUAUGUAUUCUUCAAAACGGUUUCUAAAUUUUUCCUGGAGUUAACCAAAUGAAACAGAUUCCAGCCCAAAUAGUUAUAUUUACAUUCAAUGAUACAUAUUGCGUAGACACUAACCUCUGUAUGAUUUACGACACUAUCCUAUGUAUGCUUUACGACACUAUGCUAUGUAUGCUUUACAAUUCUCAUCUCUGUGUGCUAUAUGACACUACUCUCUGUGUGUUUUAAGACGCUAGUCUUUUGUGUGCUUUACGACGCUACUCUCUGUGUACUUUACGACGCUACUCUCUGUGUGCUUUACGACGCUACUCUCUGUGUGCUUUACGACUCUACUCUCUGUGUACUUUACGACGCUACUCUCUGUGUGCUUUACGACGCUACUCUCUGUGUGCUUUACGACACUAUCCUAUGUAUGCUUUACAAUUCUCAUCUCUGUGUGUUAUAUGACUCUACUCUCUGUGUGUUUUAAGACGCUAGUCUUUUGUGUGCCUUACGACGCUACUCUCUCUGUACUUUACGAUGCUACUCUCUGUGUGCUUUACGAUGCUACUCUCUGUGUGCUUUACGACUCUACUCUCUGUGUACUUUACGACGCUACUCUCUGUGUGCUUUACGACUCUACUCCCUGUGUACUUUACAACGCUACUCUUUGUGUGCUUAACGACGCUACUCUCUGUGUGCUUUACGACGCUACUCUCUGUGUGCUUUACGACGCUACUCUCUUUGUGCUUUACGACGCUACUCUUUGUGUGCUUUACGACGCUACUCUCUGUAUACUUUACGACGCUACUCUCUGUGUACUUUACGAGGCUACUCUCUGUGUACUUUACGACGCUACUCUCUGUGUGCUUUACGACGCUACUCUCUGUGUGCUUUACGACACUAUCCUCUGUAUGCUUUACGAUUCUCAUCUCUGUGUGUUUUAUGACUCUACUCUCUGUGUUGUUUACGACGCUAGUCUUUUUUCUGUGUACUUUACGACGCUACUCUCUGUGUGCUUUACGACGCUACUCUCUGUGUGCUUUACGACACUAUCCUAUGUAUGCUUUACAAUUCUCAUCUCUGUGUGUUAUAUGACUCUACUCUCUGUGUUUUUUAAGACGCUAGUCUUUUGUGUGCUUUAUGACGCUACUCUCUGUGUACUUUACGACGCUACUCUCUGUGUACUUUACGACGCUACUCUCUGUGUGCUUUACGACGCUACUCUCUGUGUGCUUUACGACGCUACUCUUUGUGUGCUUUACGACGCUAUUCUCUGUGUACUUUACGACUCUACUCUCUGUGUACUUUACGACGCUACUCUCUGUGUGCUUUACGACUCUACUCUCUGUGUACUUUACGACGCUACUCUCUGUGUGUUUUACGACGCUACUCUCUGUGUGCUUUACGACGCUACUCUCUAAGUGAUUUAAGAUUUUUGUUUCGUACCAUGUUAGUGUCUAAUCUUAUUGUACAAUGUCAAGUGCUAUUGUCCAUUGUUAUUGUCCAAAUUUAUCGUCCAACGGUCAGUGUUAUAUUCCAUUGUUAUUGUCCAAUUAAACUCAAUCUUGAUGUCCAAUAUCUGUGUACUUGUAGGCGGGUGAAGAAGACGCUACUCUCUGUGUAUUAUGCGACGCUACUCUCUGUGUACUAUGCGACACUACGCUCUGUGUACUAUGCGACGCUACUCUAUAUAUGCUUAUGACGCUAGUCUCUGUGUGGUUUACGAAGCUACUCUCUGUUCGAUUUUUUUCAUUAGCCUCUAUGUGCUUUACCGACUUGUAACUAGUGAUGAGUUUAUUCAGGGAUUAAGUCAUGGGAUACGAAGCGUGAGAACCACUGGCGUCGCUAAGUUUAGUGCAGCAGAGGAAAGUAUUCAAGAUUUAUGGAUCCCCCCCCCCAACCCCAACCCGCUAUGUAUUUAUGCUAAGAAACAAUUAUUACACAUUGCAUAACUAGUGAUGAGUUUAUUCAGGGAUUAAGUCAUGGGAUACGAAGCGUGAGAACCACUGGCGUCGCUAAGUUUAGUGCAGCAGAGGAAAGUAUUCAAGAUUUAUGGAUCCCCCCCCCCCAACCCCAACCCGCUAUGUAUUUAUGCUAAGAAACAAUUAUUACACAUUGCAGGAUUAAAUACGCUUCCAUCGAAUAGUAGAAGACGUGUAGCCAUAAUAAGAGUUGACCUGUAUGUCAUACUAAUAAAUCGUCACCACAGUUGGUGUUGAUAAUUAUUACGUGUAUAUGCUUGCCAUAAAGAUCACCAUCUCUCAAAGAGACUCUACUGCAGGGCUGCUGAAAACAUGACAGACAAACCGGUGCAAAGCGUUCUGCAGGACUCACGUUCUCAUUGUGGUCCACGUUGUUUUUAAAACAUAAUAAUAUAAGCAACUCUUAAUUUUCUUCUUGAUCAUCAACUUCCGGUAAAUACUAACAUAGACAUUGAAUGUGAUGACCAUUCGUUAUGACAAGGGUCGUCUUGGCAAGGCACGAUACUAUGGCCUCCUACUGGCUUUAGGGACGUCUUGGCAAGGUGGGGUACUAUGGCCUCCUACUGGCUUUAGGGACGUCUUGGCAAGGCAAGGUACUAUGACCUCCUACUGGCUUUAGGGACGUCUUGGCAAGGCAAGGUACUAUAGCCUCCUACUGGCUUUAGGGACGUCUUGGCAAGGCAAGGUACUAUGGCCUCCUACUGGCUUUAGGGACGUCUUGGCAAGGCAAGGUACUAUGACCUCCAAGUGGCUUUAGGGACGUCUUGGCAAGGCAAGGUACUAUGACCUUCUACUGGCUUUAGGGACGUCUUGGCAAGGCAAGGUACUAUGGCCUCCUACUGGCUUUAAGUGCGUCUUAACAUUUAACACUUACCAGCAACUCGGGGCCAUAGGUCUCUCUGUUCCAGGAAAAAAUGCUUCAAAUUGCCUUAACUCCCAAAACCCUCACAAAAUGCUAAACAAUUCACUUAAAAUAAAACUUCGGUAAUGGAGAUGGGAAAGGAGGGGGUGUGUAGUGGGACGAUGUUCCCUCAUUAGGAUAUAGACAACAAAUAGGCUUAUAUAAAAUACAUUUAAUUGUAAAUAUAUAUAUAUAUAUAUAUAUAUAUAUAUUUGGCAUUUAGCCAGAGGAAAUGACAGAGGAACGAAGAGGGUACAUCACCAAUACCCCAGAGGAAAAAGGCUCAAAGGCAGACCUAGGCUUAGGUGGAUAUAUGAUGUAGAAAAAGAUCUACAGCAGCUGAAAGUCCAAGCAUGGAAAAGAAAGGCAUUAGUUAGGUCUGAGUGGAAGGAAGUAGUGAGGCAGGCCAAAGUCCUACAUGGGCUGUAGCGCCACAGGGAUGGAUAUAUAUAUAUAUAUAUAUAAAUAUAUAUAUAUAUAUACAUUGAUUCCGGGGAUAUUGCAUAAAGAAAGAAGCCGAUGUUGUUAAAAAACAUAAACCAAGGGCGCCGAAGUCUCACGAGCCAAUGGGAGAGUCUGAUUAGGGGGCUCAGUGAGCCCCCUCCCCCAGACAUUGUUUGAGAAAUCCAAAAUUCAGGGAUGAAUUUUGGCAAACAUUUAAAUUUAUGUUUGCUAAAAUCUGCACACUGAUAGCAAAGGAAAUUGCCAUUAAUGUUUCAAUAUUAUGCCCGUAGGAGCGAGAGGUCCCUAGAAACGUCAGGGCCAAGGCAACUUCCCAGUGUGCCUGUGCCUGAAGACGUCACUCGCGAUGAUGCGUGAUAGUAAAAAAAGGUGAAGGUAGACAAAAUGUGGGAUAUUUACAAGUUACAAACAAAAGCCCGUCUUCAUCGAGGAUUAAUUUCCACAGAACAGGUCGUUCGAUAGUUUGAACAAGGUUGUACAAAGUGAGAGGGACAAAAGGGAACAACUUUUUGGCAUGUUCAAGAAAAUGAAGGAUGACACGGAGCUCAUCAAACAACUGAAGGCGAGUUCACAGAAUGAGACAGAGACUGAAAUAUGGUCUAGCACUCAUUUUUUUCUUGUUGCUAUCGUUUGAUCAAAAAUCAGUAUUACAGUAAUUAUAAUAAUAUUACUAAUAGGGAAUGUUAUAAUUAUUAUAUUUAUUUUACGAUCUUCAACACCAUUAGGCUGAUCAUUUAUUUUAUUUUUAUUUAAUACAAUUACUCAAUCUUAUUUAUAAAACGGUUAAUUUUGAGACUUCGCAAGUAGCACGUAAUGCUUUCCGUGUUUUCCGUCAACACCGGACCAUAUCUUCUAGUAUCUACAUGUUAUAGCCAAGGUUUGCAAUCUGGGCAUUAUAUAGAAUGCCUGACGAUUUCAAAGUAUGAUCAAUCGGAAAGGAUUCUAUACAAUGUCUAAGCACUCGGCAAUCAACACACACACACACAUAUAUAUAUAUAUAUCUAUCUAUAUAUCUAUCUAUCUAUAUAUAUAAUUUUUUAUAUGUACGAGUAGCGCUUAAGCAAUGUAUUAUCGUCUCGUGCAGGUAGAUAUUAAAGUGAUGAAGAAGCAGAAGAUAAGAGAUAAUCAGUUGUUAGAUGCUCAGAUAUUUGAAGUCAAAGACCAUCUUCUGGAGAUGAAUAUCAGAAAACCAAUGGAACAUGUGUACACACAGAAUAUAGGUAGGCUAAGUGUGGAAAGUGGACAAUGUGUACACGUUUAAUAGAGUUAAAAAUGGACCGUGAAUGUGGGUAGGUGUGCUCAACAAAAUAUAUUUAUACAAAAAAAGAAACGUUAGUGUGGGCAGAGGGACUUACGUACACAAAUAAUUGGUGUAAGAGUGGACAAUGGACUAAAUAUACUCAUAGAAUGUGGGUAAGUAUGGACAGUGUACACAUAGAAUGUGAGUAAAAUGGAAAAAUAGGCUAUAUGCAGACAUAUAGUAUGAGAAAGUGGGGAAUAAAGAAUAUGGACCCAUCUGGAAUGUGUGUAAGUGUGGGCAAUGGAAAAUGUGUGCCAACAUUCUGUUUUGAUGAUAAUUUAUGUGUUGACGGUUGAAUGUACCGGUAUGUCAAUGUGUCCAAAUUAUGUGUUUUAUGAUAAUCUAUGUGUUGACAAUUUAAUAUGUUUCCAACAAAAAAAAAUAAAAAAAAAAUUAAAACAAGAAUAUUUGAAUGAUGGAAAAUAUUGGGCAAGUUAUCAAAAUGUCUUCAAUAGAAAAAAUGUGAAAUGCUUUUUAUCAAAUUAUGAAAUGAUUGUAUCAAUUAUUUCACAUCUUUUUAUUAUAUUAUAAAAAAGGCAAUGUGCGAUUCUGGUUAAAUUACCUCCACCUUUUUUAGGUAAGACGAUCAUUAAAACCUCAGAUUACCUCCAUCUUCUGUAGGUAAGGUGGUCAUUAAAACAUUAGAUUACCUCCGCCUUCUGUAGGUAAGACGGUCAUUAAAACCUCAGAUUACCUCCACCUUCUGUAGGUAAGACGAUCAUUAAAACCUCAGAUUACCUCCACCUUCUGUAGGUAAGACGAUCAUUAAAACAUUAGAUUACCUCCACCUUCUUUAGGUAAGACGAUCAUUAAAACCUCAGAUUACCUCCAUCUUCUGUAGGUAAGGUGGUCAUUAAAAUCUCAGAUUACCUCCACCUUCUGUAGGUAAGACGGUCAUUAAAACCUCAGAUUACCUACACUCUCCUAGGUAAGGCAAUCAUUAAAACCUUAGAUUACCUAACCAUCUCCAGGUAAGGCAAUCAUUAAAACCUUAGAUUACCUAACCAUCUCCAGGUAAGGCAAUCAUUAAAACCUUAGAUUACCUAACCAUCUCCAGGUAAGGCAAUCAUUAAUACCUGAGAUUACCUACACCCCUCCCAGGUUAGGCGAUCAUUAAAACCUUAGAUUACCUAAACGCUCUCCAGGUAGGGCAAUCAUUAAAACCUUAGAUUACCUAAACGCUCUCCAGGUAAGGCGAUCAUUACAACCUUAGAUUACCUAAACACUCUCCAGGUAAGGCGAUCAUUACAACCUUAGAUUACCUAAACACUCUCCAGGUAAGGCAAUCAUUACAACCUUAGAUUACCUAAACACUCUCCAGGUAAGGCGAUCAUUACAACCUUAGAUUACCUAAACGCUCUCCAGGUAAGGCGAUCAUUACAACCUUAGAUUACCUAAACGCUCUCCAGGUAAGGCGAUCAUUACAACCUUAGAUUACCUAAACACUCUCCAGGUAAGGCGAUCAUUACAACCUUAGAUUACCUAAACGCUCUCCAGGUAAGGCGAUCAUUACAACCUUAGAUUACCUAAACGCUCUCCAGGUAAGGCGAUCAUUACAACCUUAGAUUACCUAAACGCUCUCCAGGUAAGGCGAUCAUUACAACCUUAGAUUACCUAAACGCUCUCCAGGUAAGGCGAUCAUUACAACCUUAGAUUACCUAAACGCUCUCCAGGUAAGGCGAUCAUUACAACCUUAGAUUACCUAAACACUCUCCAGGUAAGGCGAUCAUUACAACCUUAGAUUACCUAACCAUCUCCAGGUAAGGCGAUCAUUACAACCUUAGAUUACCUAAACGCUCUCCAGGUAAGGCGAUCAUUAAAACCUUAGAUUACCUAAACGCUCUCCAGGUAAGGCGAUCAUUACAACCUGAGAUUACCUAAACGCUCUCCAGGUAAGGCGAUCAUUAAAACCUUAGAUUACCUAAACGCUCUCCAGGUAAGGCGAUCAUUAAAACCUUAGAUUACCUAAACGCUCUCCAGGUAAGGCGAUCAUUAAAACCUUAGAUUACCUAAACGCUCUCCAGGUAAGGCGAUCAUUAAAACCUUAGAUUACCUAAACGCUCUCCAGGUAAGGCGAUCAUUAAAACCUUAGAUUACCUAAACGCUCUCCAGGUAAGGCGAUCAUUAAAACCUUAGAUUACCUAAACGCUCUCCAGGUAAGGCAAUCAUUACAACCUUAGAUUACCUAAACGCUCUCCAGGUAAGGCGAUCAUUAAAACCUUAGAUUACCUAAACGCUCUCCAGGUAAGGCAAUCAUUACAACCUUAGAUUACCGAAACGCUCUCCAGGUAAGGCGAUCAUUAAAACCUUAGAUUACCUAAACGCUCUCCAGGUAAGGCGAUCAUUAAAACCUUAGAUUACCUAAACGCUCUCCAGGUAAGGCAAUCAUUAAAACCUUAGAUUACCUAAACGCUCUCCAGGUAGGGCAAUCAUUAAAACCUUAGAUUACCUAAACGCUCUCCAGGUAGGGCAAUCAUUAAAACCUUAGAUUACCUAAACGCUCUCCAGGUAAGGCAAUCAUUAAAACCUUAGAUUACCUAAACGCUCUCCAGGUAGGGCAAUCAUUAAAACCUUAGAUUACCUAAACACUCUCCAGGUAAGGCAAUCAUUACAACCUUAGAUUACCUACACCCCUCCCAGGUAGGGCGAUGAUCGAAGGGAUCAAGAAAAGAAACCUAAAAGUUGAGAAGGAUUUCGCCCGUCAACUGAAGCACGCAAAGCUCGCCGUGGGCAACGAAGAGACCGCUCAUCAGAGUAUGAAACAGAUAAUCAACCAGAAUAUCCAACGUUCAAAGGUAGGGCGCACAAUUUUGUCUACGCUUACUCAAGGUCGCUCUAUAAAGGGAGGGGGUUGUUCGAAAGGGGCAAUCACCCGGGCAUCAGCAUUAUGGCCUGGGGGGGCGGGUCUAAAGUGACUUUAGAUGGGAGAUUUAUUAUGAAUUAAAUGACAAAGUGAAAUGUACUUGACAAAAACAAGGCGUCCCGAAAUGUUUUUUUACUAGUCAGCGCUGGGCGGCACUUUUACCUUGUAUUUGUGGAAUCCAUGUUCAGGCUUCACCCCGGGCGCCAUUGUUUCUCGUAUUGCCCUGGACGACCCUGCGUCCCGGCUUUUUUGGGAUGUUAUCGGUUUAGCAACGUUAAACCAGCGUCUCGGUCAGUUUAAUUUUCUGUACCGGUAAUAAUUGGAUAUUCUGUCUCAGUCAGUUGGAUAUUCUGUCCCGGUCAGGUGAAUAUUCUGUCCCAGUCAGUUUAAUAUUAUGUACCGGUCAGUUGGAUAUUCUGUCCCGGUCAGGUGAAUAUUUUGUCCCGGUCAGGUGAAUAUUCUGUACCGGUCACUUGAAUAUUCUGUCCCGUUUAGUUGAAUAUGCUGUCCCGGUCAGUUUAAUAUUCCGUCCCCGUCAGUAAUAUUCUGUCAGGGUCAGUUGAAUAUUCUGUACCUGUAAGUUUAACAUUCUGUACUGAUAAGUUCAAUAUUUUGUCCCUGUCAGUUUAAUAUUCUGUCCAGGUUUGUAAUAUUUUGUCCCGUCAGUUUAAUAUUCUGUCCAGGUUUGUAAUAUUUUGUCCCUGUCAGUUUAAUAUUCUGUCAUGGUUUAAAUUACGAUUUAAAAAAAAAUAACGUCAUCAUAUCUAGAUAGAAAGUAUGUAAAUCUCGUCUUGUUUGACUUCCCAUUGUGUUAGUCCCAGCUCGAGUACUGGAUGGAGAAGUUUGAGAAAGACACGGUGCGACUGCAGCAGGAGCUGGACGAACUGAAGACAUACAGGGCCAAGGCCUUGAGUCGGAUAGCAUGGCUCAGGAAGAUGAUAGCCAACUAUGAGGAGAUCGUCAUUGAUGACAGGUGAGAUGGGUGUGACGUUCAGGUAUGAUGUCAUGGGUGUGGCUCUGUCAAAAGGGCGAGUCUUUUUUUUUCACCAGUUGUUUGGUGUUGUAAGAUUUUUUAAAAGUCUAAAUUGUAUUUUAAUCAUAGCAUUAACGGGAUAUCCACAGGACAAUUAUAGCAGGAAAUCAAAAAGUCAGUUAUAGCAUUAGCGGAAGAUACACAAGUUAUUUAUAGCAUUAGUGGGAGAUCCAAAAGUCAGUUAUAGUUUUUGCGGGAGAUCCACAAGACAGUUAUAGCAUUAGUGGGAGAUCCAAAAGUCAGUUAUAGUUUUUGCGGGAGAUCCACAAGUCAGUUAUAGCAUUAGUGGGAGAUCCAAAAGUCAGUUAUAGUUUUUGCGGGAGAUCCACAAGACAGUUAUAGCAUUAGUGGGAGAUCCAAAAGUCAGUUAUAGUUUUUGCGGGAGAUCCACAAGUCAGUUAUAGCAUUCGCGGGUGUUCUUUUUUUUAAAGAGACUUGUGUAAUUUUAUCAGAGGAAUUCCAAUAAUGUGUUGACACUGGACGGGCCUGGUAGAUGUUUACUUAUAGACGCAAUAGAUAAACAAACUUGUGGGAAAACAAGGAAGCGCAAAAACCACAGAGGCCUCCCCUUGCCCAGGCCCCUCCCCUAAUUCCGCUCAGUAGUCUUCAGAACCCUCACUUUCUGCUUGACUGUCCCUUAUCCCAAUCCCACUUCCCAACCACCACUAUCCCCUUAUCCCGAUCCCUCUUCCCAACCACCUCUAUCUCCUUAUCCCCAUCCCACUUCCCAACCACCAUUAUCCCCUUAUCCCCACCCCUCUUCCAACCACCACUAUCCCCUUAUCCCCAUCCCACUUCCCAACCACCACUAUCCCCUUAUCCCAAUCCCUCUUCCCAACCACCACUAUCCCCUUAUCCCCAUCCCACUUCCCAACCACCACUAUCCCCCUAUCCCCAUCCCUCUUCCUCCCCUUAUCCCCACCCCUCUUCCACCCACCACUAUCCCCUUAUCCCCCUCCCACUUCCCAACCACCACUAUCCCCCUAUCCCAAUCCCUCUUCCCAACCACCACUAUCCCCUUAUCCCCAUCCCACUUCCCAACCACCACUAUCCCCUUAUCCCCAUCCCUCUUCCCAACCACCACUAUCCCCUUAUCCCCAUCCCACUUCCCAACCACGACUAUCCCCUUAUCCCCACCCCUCUUCACAACCACCACUAUCCCCUUAUCCCCACCCCUCUUCUUAACCACCACUAUCCCCUUAUCCCCAUCCCUCUUCCCAACCACGACGAUGGCUAUCAAUCCGUAUCCCUUUUCCCAGUGUUUGCAAGGCGCUAUAAAUCAAGUUCCUAUUGACAUGAGAUAAUUCAAAAAAAAAUCUACAAACUCACAAGUUGUUUUUGUGAUGUUUCCCUUACCGGAUCUUUGGUGACGUUCUGAAAAGCAUGAUCUCUAUUUACAUUAAAAAAGUCCUCGGCAAAGGUUGAUACUAUCAGCCUCCACACUUGUUGCAUUAACAUCUUGACGUGUAAGAAAAUCCGCCUACUAACGUAUUCUUAAUGUUUACAUUACUCUUAUGACGAAGAUAUUUCAUACGUUUACAUUACUCUUAUGACGAAGAUAUUUCAUACUUUGUCUGACGCCGUAGAGAGUUGUUUAUUUAAUGUACACAUUUGUGACGCAUACAAGCUGAUUGUCCCGCUGGCGCUGAGCGUCCCGGACAGACCAAAUGAAAUAUAGACAUGAUAGGUCUUUUCUUAUCUAUAGACUUGUCACACAUGUUACAGAUAUGUAAAUCCACAUGGGGGGUCAAGAAUAUGACCUCAUUACAAAUGCUCACUUAAAAUAUAUCUAAUGGUGUCCACUGUUAGUGUUUAAUUUUUGUUUUCAAAAGUCUGUGCCCAAUGUUUAUGUCCAAUGUUUUAAGUCUCAUAUUUGUGUCCAAUGUUUGUGUCCAAUGUUUUAAGUCUCAUAUUUGUGUCCAAUGUUUAUGUCCAAUGUUUUAAGUCUCAUAUUUGUGUCCAAUAUGUGUGUCUCAUGCGUGUGUCCAUUAGUGUGUCUAGUGUUUGUGUCAAGUGUUUGUUUCCAAUGUUUCUGUCCAUUUUUUUGGCCAAAUAUUUAUGUCCCAUAUUUAGGUCCAAUAUUUAUGCCCAAUGCUUGUGUCCAGCAUUGUGUCUCGUGUUUGUGUCAAGUAGUUAAGUCCAAAGUGUGUGUAAAUGUUUAUGUCCAAUAUUUGUGUCCAAUGUUUGUGUCAAAUAUUUGUGUCAAAUAUUUAUGCCAAAUAUUUAUGUCCAAUCUUUAUGGCCAAUGCAUUUGUCCAGUAUUAUUUCCAGUGUUUGUGUCAAUAUUUGUGUCCAAGGUCUGAUUAAAGUAAUUGUAUCCAGUGUUUGUGUCCAGUGUAUGUGACCAGUGUUUGCGAUAAUGUCCAAUGUUAUUCUGUACCUUUUUAGUGUCUAAUCUUAUUGUCCAAUGUCCAGUGUUAUUGUCCAUUGUUAUUAUUCAAUUUUAAAACUAAAUCUUGAUGUCAAAUAUCUGUGUACUUGUAGGCGGGUGAAGAAGAUCCACGCUGACCGGUUGGCAAAGCAUGAUAAGGAGAUGAAGGCUGCCACCAAGGUCCAGUCGUGGUGGCGUGGCUUGAUGGUCAGGGAGUUGAUGGGACCGUUCAAAACGUUGUAUAUCGAGCUCAAGGCCAGGAAGAAAUCAAUCACCAAAAAGACAAAAUAAGAACCGUUGAAGAAACAAUAAGACAGAAUCAUCUGCAGGAAAAAAAUAUCUCAAGCUAUUGCCUGGUUUAGAAAUGAAAACAAAAGGACAUCUUACUUUUGUGUCAACAAUCUGGCUAAAGGCAGAGUACUAUUUUAUGAUGAUGGUUUUAAAGAGGACAAUAAUCAAAGGACAUUUAGUUGUUUACUUUAGCAAUAUGUAUCCCUCAGAUGCUUUAUCGACAUAUUCAUGGAAGAUGAAAAUAUGAAAUUAUUCAUUGGUCAAAAAGCAAUGCUUUAAAUUAUGAUUUAAACUCUCUAAAAAAAAAUAAUUAAAAAAGGAAGAUAUUAAACAGAAGAUAUUGAAAACAC